AGCCCGCUGCCCGCCGCCCGGCUCGCUGGCACUUGGGGGUCGUCCCCCUCGUCUCCCAGCUCUCGCGAAGGCCGUGCACGACCCUCCGCUCUGCCCGGGACCCUCCGCGGCCGGAAGAGCCAGUGGGCGCGGGGCGGUAACUGCCCGCGCGCGCGGGGCCCGGCCGCUGGCCUCCCGGCCGGCGCGCAGACCCUGCGAGCCCCCUGCUGCGGCCGCCCCGCGUCUGUGGCAGCCCCCUCGGGUGGGCCGGCCCCGUCUCCAGGCGCGGUGGGCUCCGCCACCUCCGAGGCUGCAGGAUGGUGUCCUGGAUGAUCUGCCGCCUGGUGGUGCUGGUGUUUGGGAUGCUCUACCCAGCGUAUGCUUCCUACAAGGCGGUGAAGACCAAGAACAUCCGGGAGUAUGUCCGCUGGAUGAUGUACUGGAUUGUCUUUGCGCUCUUCAUGGCAGUGGAGACCUUCACCGACGUCUUCAUUUCCUGGUUCCCCUUCUACUAUGAGGUCAAGAUGGCCUUCGUGCUCUGGCUGCUCUCGCCCUACACCAAGGGGGCUAGCCUGCUGUACCGCAAGUUUGUCCACCCAUCCUUGUCCCGCCACGAGAAGGAGAUCGACACCUACAUCGUGCAGGCCAAGGAGCGCAGCUACGAGACAGUGCUCACCUUCGGGAAGCGGGGCCUCAACAUCGCCGCUUCCGCCGCCGUGCAGGCCGCCACCAAGAGUCAGGGCGCGCUGGCCGGAAGGCUGCGGAGCUUCUCCAUGCAGGACCUGCGCUCCAUCCCCGACGACGGCCCUGCCCCCACCUACCACGACCCCCUCUACCUGGAGGACCAGGUGCCCCGCCGCCGGCCUCCCAUCGGGUACCGGGCCGGGGGCUUGCACGACAGUGACACCGAGGAGGACUGCUGGUCGGACACCGAGUCAGUGCCCCCGCAGGCCGCCCGGCCCCGGGAAAAGCCUCUGGGCCGCAGCCAGAGCCUGCGGCUGAUCAAGAGGAAGCCGCUGACAAGGGAGGGCACCUCGCGAUCCCUCAAGGUCCGGACACGGAAAAAGCUAGUACCCUCAGACAUGGACAGCUAGUGCCAGAGAGGCCCGGCUCCGCCUUACCUCAGGGCCUGUGGGGCGCCAGAGCUGAUUGGGGGCUCUGCCCAGGUCUGCACCAGCCCCCCCCCACCCUCCUGGUGGCCAAGGACCAGGGACAGAGGCGCUGCCC